GUGUUCCUGGCAAGCGUAACGAAAUCUACUACAACUGCUGUCCCGAACCAUAUAUCGACAUCACAUUUGCCAUCAUCAUUCGUCGUCGUACUUUGUAUUAUUUUUUUAAUUUGAUCAUACCUUGCGUGCUGAUCGCAUCGAUGGCGUUGCUGGGUUUUACGCUGCCACCAGAUUCGGGAGAAAAACUAUCGUUGGGUGUUACUAUUCUACUCUCGCUCACUGUCUUCCUCAAUAUGGUGGCUGAAACAAUGCCCGCCACAUCCGAUGCCGUGCCACUCUUAGGUACAUAUUUCAAUUGCAUAAUGUUUAUGGUAGCUUCAUCCGUUGUGUCAACGAUUUUAAUAUUAAAUUAUCAUCAUCGAAAUGCUGAUACGCACGAAAUGUCCGAAUGGAUACGCAUCGUAUUUCUAUGUUGGCUGCCAUGGAUUCUGCGUAUGAGUCGUCCUGGUAGGCCACUAAUUUUGGAAUUUCCCACUACGCCAUGCUCGGACACAUCAUCGGAACGAAAACAUCAGAUAUUGUCCGAUGUUGAACUGAAGGAGCGCUCCUCGAAAUCGCUGCUCGCCAAUGUGCUCGACAUCGAUGAUGAUUUUCGACACAAUUGCCGCCCGAUGACGCCUGGCGGCACAUUACCGCACAAUCCCGCAUUCUAUCGCACCGUUUAUGGCCAAGGUGAUGACGGCAGCAUUGGUCCGAUCGGUAGCACACGCAUGCCGGAUGCCGUUACGCAUCAUACGUGUAUCAAAUCAGCAACGGAAUAUGAACUAGGUUUAAUUUUGAAGGAAAUUCGCUUUAUAACCGAUCAGCUACGCAAAGAAGACGAGGAAAAUGACAUUGCCAAUGAUUGGAAAUUCGCAGCUAUGGUCGUUGACAGACUGUGCCUUAUCAUAUUCACAAUGUUCACAAUAUUAGCCACAAUAGCUGUACUACUAUCAGCACCACAUAUUAUUGUCUCGUAGCCAUAUGAGCGAGGUUAUUGUUAUUGGUUUUAUUAUAAAAUCAAUUUGUUAAUUAUU